AUGCCACCGUAUACCAUUGUCUACUUCCCAAGUCAAGGGCGGUGUGAGGCCAUGCACAUGUUGCUGGCUGACCAGGGCCAGAGCUGGAAGGAGGAAGUGGUUACCAUAGAUACCUGGAUACAAGGCUUGCUCAAGCCUACUUGUCUGUAUGGGCAGCUCCCCAAAUUUGAGGAUAGAGACCUCACCCUUUACCAAUCUAAUGCCAUCUUGAGGCACCUUGGCUGCUCUUUGGGGCUUUAUGGGAAGGACCAGAGGGAGGCCGCCCAGGUGGAUAUGGUGAAUUUUGGGGUGGAGGACCUUCGCUGCAAAUAUGGUACCAUGAUCUACAGAAACUAUGAGAACGAUAAGGAUGACUAUGUGAAGGCCCUGCCUGGGCAUCUGAAGCCUUUUGAGACCCCGCUACCCCAGAACCAGGGAGGCAAAGCUUUCGUUGUCGGUGACCAGAUCUCCUUUGCCGAUUACAACUUGCUGGACCUGCUGCUGAUCCACCGAGUCCUGGCCCCUGACUGCCUGGACAACUUCCCUCUGCUCUCUGCCUAUGUGGCUCACUUCAGUGCCAGACCCAAGAUCAAGGCCUUUCUGUCCUCCCCGGAACAUGUGAACCAUCCCAUCAAUGGCAAUGGCAAACAGUAG